CAUGUGAAACAUGGCGACAUCAAGUGUGUAUCGCUUGCAAUGUUUGUAUUCUCGUGUUUGGAAUAAUCGCCACUACCAUGGACUUCAGCAGGGAACAUUUGCUUAUUUAAGAGCUACUGGAAUUAUUCACAAUCGAACUGAUGGUUUUCAAAAGAACUUUUCGACGUCACCCAGCAAUGCGGCGAGAUCGGCAGAUUUGUCGAGAUAUCAAAAAUUCCGUAAAGUUAUAAACACAUUUGUUGCUGGAAGUAAACAGCUAGGAAAGGAUGUAAAAGUGAUGUUUCAGAUACAGAGAAAACUUAAGAACAAUAAUUACAACUGGGAAAUCUUGAAAACCGAAGAAAUAUUACAUCUACAUCAGACAAGAAAAGAUCUUCUGAAGAGUUUGCCAGUGGUUGUGGGGUUCUUCAUACCAUUCCUGGGCUAUGCAGUUCCAUUUGUAGCUUUCCUUUAUCCAAAACAACUGUUGUCUCAUCAUUAUUGGCAACCGCACCAACGUGAAAAAUUUGCUCAGCAAGAUGUAAGACGAAGAAGUAAAUAUCAGCUUCCUCUUGUGAGAGAAGUUGGUAGAUUGGCCUUCAGAUAUAAAGCAAGCAGAUACUCUACAGACCUGAUGUCAACCUCAGUUAAGGCUUUAAACAAAAAGCAUUUGUCCAAUGAGGAGCUGUUGCAAAUGGCAAAAUUCUUUGAGGGGAAUCUUCUAGGCUUUGAUCACUUACCACGUUAUCAUCUGAAAAAACUUAGUCAAGUGUGGUUAAUCACUCCUUGGCUACCAAAGUCAUUCUUGCGUAUUCGCUUGAAGCGUUUGGUAAAAUCAAUUAAGAGGGAAGAUGUUGCUAUAAAGAAAGAGGGACUUGUGAAUCUCGGAGAAGAUCAACUGAAAGCGGUGUGUCACUCAAGGGGCCUGGACACAACUGAUGUUGACCCAGAGGCACUGGUGCAGUGGUUAGCUGAGUGGGUGGAGUUGUCUGAUGCUGCAGGGGACGCAGAUGAAUCUUUCUUGGCACAUUGUGCUGUUUUUAAGGCCAUUAAUUAUUCAAAAGACAGACAAACUGGAGAUCAAGAUUUGUUAGAGCAAAAAGGGUGAUAUUGAUGAUGUUAAGUCUUCCUGGAGAAUAUUGAAUAUAGAUUUAAAAAAAGUAUGGAAUGGAUGUUAACAGCACAAGUGUUUUUUUCUCUUUUAAAAAAAGCCAACCACAAACUCUUAGUAAGACAACACAAUAUAGAGUUAGCAUUCACUGAAACACUGUGGUAAUUAAUGCUUCAACAUUCAUGUACCUUCUGGAUGUUGUUAAUUUUUGUAAAUUCUUUAACUUCCCAUAAAUUUGUCUGUAAUGAAAAACAAAGGGUAAAGUAUGGUCUUGUAAAUUGUGCAAAAUAUCUAGUUUUCUCACAAUAAAACUUUUGUUACAGUG